UCUAUCUAUCUAUCUAUAUGUAAUCCCUCCGCUUAAGCUUCGUCCACAGCGUCAAAAAGUUAACAAAAUUGCCUAGCUAUGUAUUUAUUUUUCUACAUUCUCACCGCAAAAAUCUGGUUUGAAAAGGGCUGCGGUUCUUCUUGUGCGCUGCGGGGAGCUCGGUUUUUUUUUUUUUUUCCAAACUUUGUGUAAGUUUCACUUUCUGGUCAAGAGGCGGAGCUAAGCAAUCCGCAUGGAGCAGCAGAAGACGAGCGAUUGCGAUGAAGCCUCACAGCAAACUUGCUUCCAAGUUCAAUAAACUCUACAAAUUUUUCCACCAAAAAUAGCCAUGUAUUCCCCUUACUGCUUGACACAGGAUGAAUUCCACCCUUUCAUCGAGGCUCUGCUCCCUCACGUGCGAGCCUUCUCCUACACCUGGUUCAACCUCCAGGCGCGGAAACGCAAGUACUUCAAGAAGCACGAGAAGCGCAUGUCCAAGGACGAGGAGCGCGCGGUCAAGGACGAGCUCCUGGGAGAGAAGCCUGAGAUCAAGCAGAAGUGGGCCUCCAGACUCCUGGCCAAACUGCGCAAGGACAUCCGGCCCGAGUUUCGCGAGGACUUUGUGCUGACCAUCACGGGCAAGAAGCCCCCGUGCUGCAUCCUCUCCAACCCCGACCAGAAGGGCAAGAUCCGACGCAUCGACUGCCUGCGCCAGGCCGACAAGGUGUGGCGGCUGGACCUGGUGAUGGUCAUCCUGUUCAAGGGCAGCCCCCUGGAGAGCACGGACGGGGAGCGGCUGGUCAAGUCCCCGCAGUGCUCCAACCACGGGCUGUGCGUCCAGCCACACCACAUCGGAGUGUCGGUCAAGGAGCUGGACCUGUAUCUGGCCUACUUCAUCCACUCGCCAGGGCAGUCGCUGCCGUGGCAGGACCAGGCAGGCAGGCAGGCAGGGCGCCAGCAGGACCGCUCGCUGGCGAGGCGGUGCUCUGCUGAAGCAAAACACGCGGCCGUCAGUCGAGGAUUAGCGUUGUCGGCGCGCACGUGA